UGCCUCUAAUUUGUUGGAAAAAACAGUUUUGGGUGUGUUUAAGAGUCGUGCAGGUCACAACUCGAACAGACAAAUCUUGAAGAGUGCCUUGCAUUCACACCCUCUUAUCUCUCUCAAUCACUGUCUACUGAGCAUUUUCAGACAGUCCAAUUACUAUAAAAAGCAAUUCAGAUUCUGUUUGGAACGAAUCUAAGCAAUUGGGUGCCCUCCAGUUCCACAUCUAAGCUACUUUAGUGUUGGCGUACAGAACAUAUUUUAUUUAACGCAAAACUUGACCUUCUUAAUCUGCCCGCUUACCAUGAGGAUGGAUUGAUUUGAUGAGAUAGAGAAAAAUCUGUAUUUUCUGCUAGUCACUUUGAACUGAGCUGCGCUUGGGCUUUUCAAUAGCCAGAUAUAGUCAAUCCCUAAAUUUCUAAUGGGCCCAUAAUAUGAUGGGUCGGAAGAGAAAGAAGUCAGUUUCACUAGCAAAGGUAUGUUUGGUUGCUGUUAAGGAGCGUUACUACGAGCCCAACAAGGCUGCAAUUGCCACGCUGCCUUUUGUUCUACUCCCCUUUUGUAUUAGGUUUGUGCUUCCCACUGUGCCCCUGCCUCAUCUGUGGAAAGUUGUGCACACCUGGGUUACUCCUACCACGCUCUUACUCUUGUUGAAUCUAGUCGUCUGCACCAUUGUUGUCACCUCUACCAGAGACCCUAGCAAGAAGAAGAAGAGGGUUUAUAAUGGCGGUAGCAUACUCUGCAAUGCAUUUGGAACAUAUGAAGAACAUGCACUAAAACAAGGGGUUAGUAUUCCACUUGUGGAGCCACCAGUUCCAUUUUUUUUGCCAAAAAGAGCGCUUAAAGUUCCUCCUCCUCAGCACCCAAAUACCCCUGUAAAGCCAAAUGAACCUCCUCCUCUGGUUAAGCCUCCAAAACCUCCUUCGUCGAUAGAUCCUGAGGCAAUUAGCUUUUCUCAUCUUGGGAAAAACAAGUCCGAAAGCCCUGCAUUUAUUAGCGUGUUGGAAGUUCCUCCAACAGGAAAUUGGAUAAACUCUUAUGAGGUAGAGGAUGAUGCAAGCACAGAUGAUCCAGCUACGGACGAGUUGAACGCAAAGGCAGAUGAUUUCAUUCAGAAAUUCAAGCAGCAGCUCAUGUUACAGAGGCUUCAGUCUUACAGGGAAAGAAAGAAGUUGGGAAAGUAAGCCACCCAGACCGCUUCCAUUCAAGGCACUUUUUCAAGCCUUUGCUUUGUACAUGUCAAUGGAGUUGUAGGUUGCUUACCAAAGAAAAGUUUGGUAAGUGGCAAAUAUUUUAAAUCUGCCAAAACGUGUCUGAUUUUGCAAAGCCACAUCAAGGUAUCUUUUUUGACAAUAAGAUGCCAGAUCAAGGUCGUUUAAUUAUUUCUAUUCUGUGCUAACUUCAUGGAAGUUAAGUAUUAUGAUGCUUAUCUGUAAUGGUGGAUCUAGAACAAAUUACAUAAUGCUGUUUAUCAUUGGUGUUCCACUCGACUGAUUUGUAACAUUUGUUUUAUUUUCAAACCGUCAUUUGCUUUGCAAAGAAUACUGUUAAACACAAGCAUUGAAAUCUGAAACAUAUAAUGAUUUUUAUUUGUCAUUGCC